AGGAAGUGAGGCGUGUCGGUUGUUGGCAACCUAAAACUGGUUUGUCCUCUAUCUUCCAGUAGCCUCCGGUACGAACAUUUAGGCAUUCGAGCUGUCUUUUUUUAUUCUAUAUUUUAUCUUUACAUUUUGUUUUAUACUUGAGUGAAAUAAUGGCUGGCACUUUGGCCCGUAAAGCUGUAGACCAUCUCCGUAGCAAGGAGUUCAGGGACUAUCUGAUGAGCACACACUUUUGGGGUCCAGUAGCAAACUGGGGGCUGCCGAUCGCUGCCAUCAGUGACAUGAAGAAAAGUCCAGAAAUUAUCAGUGGACGAAUGACCUUUGCUCUGACCUGCUACUCGCUUUUGUUCAUGAGAUUCGCCUACAAGGUACAGCCAAGGAACUGGCUCCUCUUCGCCUGCCAUUUCACCAACGAGGGCGCACAACUCAUUCAGGGAGGACGGCUUAUUAAGUACAACAUGGAGAAGAAAAUGGCAAACUGAUGAGCAGCUGUUAACCACCGAGGUUUUCUCUGUGCAGAUCAUAGCUUUCAGAAAUCAUAUUUCAAAUACAGAAAACACUUAGAUUUUUAUCUGAUUAAUGAUAUAAAUACAAUUGACUUCCCAUUCUAAAUGAUGAAUAAAAUGUAUAUAUAAAAUGAACUUGACAUGUUAGAGGACUGUUACAUGCACAUUUCCCUUUUUUUUUUUGUUUGUUAGUUUGUGUUUUAAAAUGUAUGGUACACUUCAAGCUACUGAUUUCUGGAAUUGUCGUGUAAGGUAAUUUAUUCUGAAACAUGGCUGAGUGGUGGAUAUCAAGUUAAACUCACACGUUGUAGUAAAUAAAAGUUGAAUUACUC